CUCUGACAAGGCUACUGUAUUUCAGUAUCUCUCUCUUCCGCUCUACCAGGCUUUCGUCCUUCUUCCCACCUUCACAAGUACCGUUCUAGUAAUAUUCAAACAUGUCGGCUGUCCGGGGUCAGACAGCUCUCGCCCUCACAAGAACUUGGCAUCAUGUUUCCGCUAGAGAUCGUGUGCUCGGAACGAUGGCAAGUCGGAUAGCUUGGGUUUUAAUGGGUAAACAUAAACCCACAUAUGAUCCUUCUGUUGACGCUGGUGAUUACGUGAUAGUAUCUGAUGCGUUAAGCGUGAGAUUGACAGGUAAAAAAGGAGAUGAAAAGAUUUAUCGUCAUCAUUCAGGAUUCAUGGGUGGAUUAAAAGAAGUUCCAAUCACUCGAAUAAGAGAUAGAUAUCCAGAGGAGAUUAUUCGUCGUGCUGUUUCUGGAAUGUUACCUAAAAAUACAUUCCGAAAAACUCGAUUGGAAAGAUUAAAAGUAUUUUCAGAAGAAGCACCUGAAGUUUACAUGAACAACAUCAUGAAAACUUAUACUACUACUCCAUCUUCUUUAUCUUCCACAUCUUCAAACGAAUCAUCACUUUGAAAUAUUCUAUCAUAGUCAUAUGCAUGGACACGGACACGGACCGUCAAAUGG